UAAUUCAUAGAGAAGAGAAAAAUGGAAUUGUGGUACUGAAAUGGCGCGAUGCUCGUGAUGUACGGAUUCUGUCAACAAAACACAGUCCAAGAAUGGUAGAAGAAGCUCAAGAUAAUGGCGAACAAGCAUUAGCUUCUGACCUUGACCAACCAUCAACCAGUAACACCUCUGGCUCGAAACGUCGCUUGGCGAAGAAGAAUAAGAAAAAGCCAAUAGCCAUACUUGCUUACAACAAAGGAAAAGCAGGGAUUGAUUUAUCAGACCAGAACUGUUCUUAUGCUACUACUUUGAGGAAGGGCGUGAAGUGGUACCGCAAACUGGGUAUAGAAUAUCUGCUUGGACUAUCAGUAGUAAAUGCUUUUGUAGUGUACAAGAAAGCUACGAAAAAAAAUAAUGCACAAAUACGAUGGUUUAGAGAACAAAUUACUUCAUCACUUCUAAAUUUGCAGAAGCCAGAAAAACAUAUGAAGCCAAAAUCAGGCAAUAUUCAUAUUUUAAAAAUAAAACUAAGUGCAAGUAAUACAAAAUUACGUCGAACAUGUACUUUAUGUUAUUCCAGAAUAAAACAAAUGGAAGGAAGGGAGAUCGCCAGAAAGAAGGCUAAAAGAGUAUACACGUAUUGCCCGGAUUGUCCCCAAGAGCCAUUCAUGUGUUUAGAAUGUUUUGGGAAUCACCACAAACAAGUUUAAUGGGUUCAUUUGUAUAACUACUUUGUAAAAAUAAUAUGUAAAAAAUUUUUUGUUACUGCAAUAAAAUGAAUUUAAUUUUUUUUUCAAAACCAAUUUUUUCCAAUUGUUUUUUGAGCUGCGCCGAAGCCACUAUAACAGAAAUUUCAUGGGAAGCCAUAUAUUUUAUUAUUGCAAUAAAAUCAUAUUUAUCCUCAAUCGUUGCUGUGUGACAUGGCGAGAGAGAAUAAUAGUCGUGUCGGACAUAUGUGUCCGACGUGGCGUAAACCGCAUAGUACAGUGUCACA